GGUCGAUUUUCAUCUUGGCGGGGACAGAACGCAAUCCGCUUACGUUUAAGACCCCUUGUUCCGACUGGUUUCCUUCUGUUUCUUCUGUUUCUUCUUUUUCUCUGUUAUCAAAGAAGAAGAAGAAGAAGAAGAAGAAGGAAAACCCCAAUCAUUGAUGGAAUCGUCUUCUAAUUCAUAUUAUUGGGAUUAUAUCUGCCUCAUUUUCCUCCGUCCCUUUCUCGCUUUUCUCUUCGUCCUGUCUUUGAUUUUUCUCGGUUGGUUUUCGGCAUGGAAGCUUGUACUGGUUCACGUUCCUCUUGUGCAAGAGAUUUUCGGACUCCGGAAGAAGCCCACGAAGCCCAAGCGCCCAACUCUCCGUCUCACUCGCUUCUACAAGACUCAGAAUUCGGAUUCUGGUAAAAACAAUUUGGGGGGAGAGGUGAACUCUUAGAAGACCGAACGUUGGCUCUUCCUCUACUUGCAGCGAUGCAAGGUAAGUCCCUUUAAGAGAAGUCUGCAUCAUAAUAUGUAUACAUUUUGCCUUUCAGGGAAAAAAAAAUGAUUGCAUUUUGUAAAUAAUUGAAUAUAGUUCUGCAAUGGUGUUCACAUAACACCAUUUUUUUGUUUGUAAUCCAUUUUAGACCAAUGGUUCUUGUUA